GUUGGCUGAACACCUCCACAUGUUGAGGCUGCGUAUCCAAACUUCCAAACACCAGCAUCGAUCGUCGGCGUAAUUUGUGUAAUUUUACGGAGAUGGAGAAGAGAAGAUGAGCUCCUUAUAUACACACACGUAUUACAGAAGCUGAUAGUCAAGAAUGGAGAAUAUCGUUCUAAAUUGAGCACACAUAUAGAUCUUCUACAUCAAUGGCGUCUCUGAGGAGUUUACUUGGUGGAUGCAUUUGUGACGAUGAAUGUGAUUUGCAAUCACCAGGAAGUCAACGAAUCAUCUUAGAUUUGUUGAACUUGCUGUUUGUCAUCGUGUUCUGUUCGAUUUUAUUAGUUGUUUAUCUGAAGAAAUGUGGAGUAGGAGAGAAUCGGUACAGGAGAAGCGACUGGAUUUCUGUAUCAGUCGCUAUCUGCUGUUUUCUAACCGGCGGUGCUUAUCUUGGCCAUUGUUUAUGGGAAAUGAUUGCUAGAACUAGGAGCUUCAAUUGUUCAGAUUGGGUGAUGAACAUUGGUUAUAGAAAGCCACUAGUUCUUGAAGACAUUCCCUCUCUAGCACCUAAAGACCAAGCUAUAGUUGCCUAUAACCAAUUCAAAACAGCAUGGGACUCACUUCAGAGGGAGAAGACCUCAAAUGAUGCUAACCUAAUUGUCAGGGCAUUAAAAAGAGUUUAUUGUACUGAAAUGGUAUUGCUAGGAAUUUAUGCAUUGCUUAGAACUAUAGCAGUCAUAGUUGGUCCAUUGUUACUCUAUGCCUUUGUUAACUAUUCCAAUCAAGAGACAGAAAAUUUACAAUAUGGACUCCUAUUAGUAGGAUGCCUGAUUGUAGUCAAGGCAGUUGAAUCUUUAUCUCAAAGACACUUCUUCUUUGAUGCAAAAAGAACAGGCAUGAGGAUGAGAUCAGCUUUAAUGGUGGCAGUAUAUGAGAAACAACUCAAGCUUUCUAGUUUAGGGAGGAAAAGACAUUCUACAGGGGAAGUUGUAAACUACAUUGGUGUUGAUGCAUAUAGAAUGGGUGAAUUCCCUUUAUGGGUUCAUGUAGCUUGGACUUCUUUCAUCCAACUCUUUCUAGCCAUUGGUGUCCUGUUCUCUGUAGUAGGAGUUGGUGUUCUCCCUGGAUUAGUUCCUCUCCUCCUGUGUGGGCUUCUAAAUGUGCCAUUUGCAAUAGCACUUCAGAAAUGUCAACUUCAGUUUAUGGUUGCUCAAGACAAGAGACUAAGGUCAACAUCUGAGAUCCUAAACAAUAUGAAGAUCAUUAAAUUACAAUCAUGGGAAGAGAAAUUCGAGGGUUUCAUUGAGUCUUGUAGAGAAACCGAAUUCAAAUGGCUAAGUGAAUCUCAAUAUAAAAAGGCUUAUGGUUCAAUUUUGUAUUGGAUGUCACCAACUAUCAUUUCUUCAGUUAUUCUAUUUGGGUGUGCAUUUUUCAAGAGUGCCCCUUUGAAUGCUGCCACAAUUUUCACAAUUUUGGCAACUUUAAGAACAAUGUCUGAGCCAGUCAAAUACUUUCCACAAGCUCUUUCAAUGUUGAUCCAGAGUAAAGUUUCAUUCGAUAGGAUCAAUUCUUUUCUUGUUGAGAAUGAGCUAAAAAAUGAGGGGAUUGGAAUCAUCCAUUCCGACAUUCAGAAACAUUCAGGUACCUGUGUCAGUAUACAACAUGGCAAUUUCAGUUGGGAUCCGGAAUCACCCUUUCCGACUCUAAAAAACAUAAAUAUAGAAGUUACUAGGGGACAGAAAGUUGUAGUUUGUGGGCCAGUUGGUGCUGGAAAAUCAUCACUAUUGUAUGCUAUACUCAGAGAAAUAACCAAAACUUCGGGAAAUGUGGAUGUUUUUGGAUCAAUUGCUUAUGUUAGUCAAGCUUCAUGGAUUCAAAGUGGGACAAUUCGGGAUAACAUACUUUUUGGGAAGGCAAUGGACACAAUCAGAUAUGAGAAUGCCAUAAAAUCAUGUGCUCUAGACAAGGAUAUUAAUGAUUUCAACCAUGGUGAUCUAACAGAAAUAGGUCAAAGGGGACUUAAUAUGAGUGGUGGGCAAAAACAGAGGAUUCAACUCGCCCGAGCAGUCUACAGUGAUGCUGACAUAUAUCUUCUUGAUGACCCUUUCAGUGCUGUAGAUGCUCAUACAGCAGCAACCCUUUUUAAUGAUUGUGUUAUGACAGCUUUAAGGGAGAAAACAGUCAUUCUUGUCACUCAUCAAGUGGAGUUUCUCUCAGAGGUUGACAAUAUUCUGGUGAUGGAAGAUGGUGAAAUUACUCAAUCGGGUCUCUACAAUGACCUCAUAAAGGCAGGGACAGCUUUUGAGCAGCUUGUGAAUGCUCACAAGAAUGUGAUAACAGAAUUAGAGUCUUCAUCUUAUGAAAAGAAAAACACCCCUUUAAAAGAAACAAUUAGUUUAAAUCAUAGAAAUGAAAUUAAUGAAAUAUCAAAGUCAACCAUACAGUUGACUGAAGAAGAAGAGAAGCCAAUUGGUAAUAUUGGGUGGAAGCCUUUCUUGGAUUACAUAGUUAUCUCAGAAGGUGGAUGCUACUUUUUCUUGAGCCUGGUGACUCAGAUUGUUUUUUCUGGUCUUCAGGCUGCAGCUAGUUAUUGGCUAGCUUUUGCCAUUAAAAUUCCUACAAUCAGCAGUUUCAUGUUGAUUGGUGUUUAUGCAUUAAUUUCAACCACAAGUGCCUUUUUUGUUUUUUUGAGAGCUUUAUUCACUACCCUUUUGGGAUUACAAGCCUCUCAAGCCUUCUUCUCAAAGUUUACACAGUCAAUCUUCAAGGCACCCAUGCUAUUCUUUGACUCUACACCAGUUGGCCGGAUUCUGACACGAGCAUCAACAGAUAUGAGUGUAGUGGAUUUUGACAUACCCUUCUCGUUUGCUUUUGUGGUAAUUUCUGGUAUUGAAUUGCUCACCACAAUCACCAUCAUGGCAUCAGUUACAUGGCAAGUCCUCAUUGUAGGCAUCUUUGCUACAAUAGCUACAAAGUAUUUCCAGGGGUAUUAUCAACCAUCUGCAAGAGAACUUAUCAGAAUCAAUGGAACAACAAAAGCACCUGUGGUAAAUUAUGCAUCCGAAACAUCACAGGGGGUGGCUACAAUAAGGGCGUUUAAAAAAGAAAAAAUGUUCUUCAAAAAUUAUUUAAAACUUGUAGAUAUUGAUGCAAGCACUUUCAUUUUCACAAACGCGACAUUGGAGUGGUUGGUGUUGAGGGCAGAAGCACUUCAAAAUCUGACACUUUUUACAGCUGCUUUUUUCCUGGUUCUACUUCCAAAGGGGUAUAUUCCUCCAGGGUUAGUUGGGCUUUCACUUUCGUAUGCAUUGGCGCUUACGAAUGCCCAUGUGUUUUUAACACGAUGGUAUUGUAGUCUGUCCAAUUAUGUAAUUUCAGUAGAAAGGAUAAAACAAUAUAUGCAUAUUCCACCAGAGCCUCCAGCAAUUGUGGAGGAUAAUAGGCCACCACCUUCUUGGCCUUCAAAGGGUAGAAUCGUCCUUCAGGAUGUCAAGAUUAGGUAUCGGCCAAAUGCGCCACUGGUUUUGAAAGGAAUGAGUUGCACCUUCAAGGAAGGGACACGAGUAGGGAUUGUUGGAAGGACAGGAAGUGGCAAAACUACCCUUAUAACUGCUCUUUUUCGUUUAGUAGAACUUGAUAGUGGAAGAAUUUAUAUAGAUGGUUUGGACAUUUGCUCCAUAGGCUUAAAGGACCUCAGAAUGAAACUAAGUGUCAUCCCUCAAGAACCUACUCUUUUUAAGGGUAGUAUCAGAACAAACCUUGACCCCUUAGGACUUCACUCCGAUCAUGACAUAUGGGAGGCAUUGGAGAAAUGCCAGCUUAAGAGUACCAUUAGCAGUCUCCCAAACUGUUUAGAUUCAUCUGUGAGUGAUGAAGGAGAAAACUGGAGUAUGGGUCAACGACAGCUGUUCUGUUUAGGAAGAGUGUUGCUUAGGCAAAACAAGAUCUUAAUUCUUGAUGAAGCAACUGCAUCUAUUGAUUCAGACACUGAUGCCACUGUACAAAGGAUUAUAAGGCAAGAAUUCUCAAGUUGCACUGUUGUAACAGUCGCUCAUAGGAUUCCAACUGUUAUAGACAGUGACAUGGUCAUGGUCCUCUCCUCUGGUGAAAUGAUGGAAUAUGAUGAGCCCUCGAAGCUAAUGGAGUCGGAUUCUUAUUUCUCAAAGCUUGUUGCUGAGUACUGGUCCAGCUGCAGGAGAUGAUCCACGGGUA